CAAUCAGAAAGAGAAUCCAAUCAUUUAGCCAACUAAGCAGCUCAGGAUAAGUCGCAUAAGGAUGGUCAAAGCCCGACUCUUGUUGCUGCCAUCGCUGCUGCUGCUCCUCUGGAAUGGCGGGAGCUCAGCGUUGCGAUGCUACACAUGCGAGGACUGCGAUGAGGAGUCGCAACUAUCCGAGAUGGAGGUUUGCAGCGCGGCGCCAUCCUCUACGGCAGCAGAAGAAGUUCCAGGGCCAGGUGCUGGAACAGGGGGCGACGAAAUAGGAUCCAAUUCAGGAAACUCUUCUGCCACUAACAAUAAUAAGCCCCAAUCAGAAGGAGCGGCUACCACAAAAGCCCCAAGCAAAACAACUGCGGCAGGCAGUUCCGAUGAGAGUGAUGGCGACCCCGAGGGUGAUGGCGAUGGUGAUGGUGAAGGGGAAGACAGCGAUGAUUCGGAAGACGGCGCUCCAGCUGCACGUCCCACGGUGGGGAUUAUGCCCACUGGGCCGGCACCUGGAAGCAAUACGGAGGAGGAUGAGGAUGAGGGAGACGAGGACUAUGAUGAUCGACGUCGUAUGGCACGCCGACCCCGUCAAUCCCAGACAGGCAUACAAACAGCUGUUUGCUAUACAGUCCGAUUAAGAAAUAACGACACCACCAUCACGAAUCGCGGCUGUACGAUGAUCGCGAAUGACACUGACUCCGCCGCAUGCCAAUCUCUCUUCAACGGCUGGCAGGUGGAAGGCUGUCAGGUGUGCGAGACGAAUGGAUGCAAUGGACCCAUUAGUAUGGCCGCAGGUAUAAUGAACCGAUCGCCUUCAUCUGGAAUUACACCUUGGAUGCAUAUUCUUCGACUCGGCUUAGCUCUGCUGCUGCUUCAAACUGGCCGGGAAUUGUUAGCCUAAUGGUUAUCGCGAAGUGCAAAUCUAUUGGUUAAUGAAGAGAAUAUAUUCAUACCUUGGAAGUCUGCGCUAUUUAUCAGAGUUUGUAGUCGAAAAUAUACAAUUUUUAAACGAA